AUGCCGUCUUGGAGCACGUGCUUCUCUGCACCCUUAUUCAAUUUUGGACGUCCCGUCAUCCCAUGCUGGCAGACCGACUACGAGGCUGUGGUGGGCAUAGAGUGCCAUGUGCAGCUGAACACGCGGACCAAGGCCUUCUGCGCCUGCCCCAAUCAGUAUGGUGGGGAGCCCAACAGCCACAUCUGCCCCGUCUGCCUUGGACACCCGGGCACCCUCCCUGUGCUCAACGCAGCCGUGGUGGACAAGGCGGUGCUGACGGGGCUGGCGCUGGGCUGCAGCAUCGCGCGCCACUCCAUCUUCAGCCGCAAGCAGUACUUCUACCCCGACCUGCCCAAGGGGUACCAGAUCUCCCAGCACGACACCCCUCUGGCUUAUAAUGGCAGCCUGGAGAUUGAUGCUGGGGACGGCACCCGGCGCCGCAUCGGCAUCACGCGCGUGCACGUGGAGGAAGACGCUGGGAAGCUGGUCUACGUCGGUGCCCAGGCACUGACGGGGGCCGCCUCUGCGCAGGCGGACUACAACCGGGCGGGCGUACCGCUGCUGGAGGUGGUGUCCGAGCCCGACAUGCGCAGCGGGCAGGAGGCGGCGGCCUACGGCGCCGAGCUGCGCAGGCUCCUGCGCUACAUCGGCGUCAGCAACGGCAACAUGGCGGAGGGAUCGCUACGCUGCGAUGUCAAUGUGUCGGUGCGGCCCCGGGGCACGACUGCACUGGGGACCAAGGUGGAGGUGAAAAACCUCAACUCCUUCAACUCCGUCCAGCGCGCCAUACAGUUUGAGAUCGAGCGGCAGGUCACCGCGCUGUCCUCAGGCGCUGAGCACGAGGUGGUGGUGGAGACACGGGUCUGGGACGAGGCGGCGGCGAGGACGCGCACGAUGAGGAAGAAAGAGGGGCAGGCUGACUACCGCUUCUUCCCCGAGCCAGACCUUCCUCCCUUGGAAGUCUCUGAGGAGACCAUCGCAAGGAUACAGGCGAGCAUGCCGGAGCUACCGCAGGAGAAACGGGCGCGCUUCGAGGGACUGGGCCUGUCUCCUUACGACGCUCAUGUCCUCUGUGACGACCUGGCGGUCGCCGGCUACUUUGACGCGGCGUUGGAGGCGGGGGCAAGCCCCAAGCCAGCGGCUAACUGGAUCAUGGGCGACAUCAUGGCACACUGCAAGGUGGGCACGGGCAUCAAGGGCUGGUGCAUGGGCGAGAUGGAGGCCCACCUCGGCAUGGACGAUCUCCUCCUGACACCUACAACCCUGGCCAAGCUCCUGGGCCUGAUUGAGAAGGGGACCAUCAGCGGCAAGAUUGCCAAGGAUCUGCUGCCAGAUCUCCUGCAAGGCAAAGGGAGCGGAGAUCUCCUGGCCUACGUCGAGGCCAAGGGUCUCAUACAGAUCAGCGAUGAAGGCGCCCUGCUCGACAUCAUCAACAAUGUCCUGGAGUCGAACUCAAAGCAGCUCGAGCAGUACAAGCAAGGGAAGACAAAGCUCCAGGGUUUCUUUGUGGGGCAGGUAAUGAAAGAGUCCAGGGGCCGAGCCAACCCAGGGGAACUCCAGCGUCUGCUCAUGCAGCGCCUCGCCGAGGAGGCAGGCCAAUGA